UUUCAACUCAUUUUUGAUGGUGAAGUUUUAGGAAGUUAUUGCACUGUUAGUAGUUCAUCAGCAAUUUAAUGGAUCCUCUGCUUCACUUGCACUUUAAUUUGUUUGACCGCUCUGUUACUACUUCAACCUGAAAUAUGUCCUUAAUUUAAAAGUUUUCUGGAGUUGAUCAUAACUAUGAUUGCACACUGGAUGCCAUGCAAAAUCGAAGCGAAGGAGAUGAAUGUGGAUGCUGAUCUUAUGACUGUGGAUUCUUUAGGUUCGCAGUUGACUACCUUGAACAGCAAUCCAGUAUUGACUUCGAAUUUCCGGGGUAGACCAUUAAGAGGCGUUCAACUUGAUUUCCCAGAAAGCUACUGUCCAGUAAUUGUACAUCACAGUGGAAUAGUAUCAGAUGAACCAGAGGCAAUAAAAUUUGGACAAAAGUUGGAUAAAGUCAUCCUAUGGAAUUUGUCUACACCACCAAGCUUCUCUGAUCCAAUACCGCUAUCACUCACCUGGCUUCACUUAGCCAAUGUUUUACAUUCACAGUCUUAGCAUUCACUUUUAACGUUCUAUUCUAUACAUUUUGAAGACUCCAGCUGGUGUUGUUCUGAUCUGUUUCCUUAAGAAUUUGUAUAAUUAUAUGGAUAGUUACUAUAAAACACUUAUUUCGCAAUUGCCAGUUUGGGAAGGUUAAAGUGGCUCAAGACAGCCAGUGCUACUCUGGAUCAUUCCCAAGAACUUUAUUGAUUCAGUAUUUUGAACUCAAUAAGAGUUGCUUUUUUGGGGCUUGUUUUUCUACUUCAUGCGUGUAAUAUAACAGCUUGGAAAAGUGCA